CUUAAGUUAAGUACAGUUCGCUAAUAUUAUUUACACAAUGAAGUCAUUGUUGAUAUUCUCGUCAUUAUGUGUCUUGUUGGUAGAAUCUAAAACUAUAAUUGAAGCUAAACAAAGUGUAAGGAAAUUCCCUGAUGGAUUUAUUUUCGGUGCAGCAACAGCUUCCUAUCAAAUUGAAGGCGGUUGGGAUGCAGAUGGGAAAACAGAAAAUAUCUGGGAUCACAUGACACAUAAGGAACCAUGUUUAAUAGCAGAUUGCUCCAAUGGAGAUGUAGCAGAUGAUUCUUACAAUUUAUACAAACGAGAUGUCGAGAUGAUGCGAGAACUGGGUUUGCAAUUCUACAGAUUUUCCUUGUCUUGGAACAGAAUAUUGCCCACCAGCUUCCCUGAUAAGAUAAAUGAAGCCGGAGUACAAUACUAUAAUAAUUUAAUAAACGAAAUGCUCAAAUACAAUAUCGAACCGAUGAUAACUCUUUACCAUUGGGACUUGCCCCAAAAACUUCAAGAUAUGGGUGGAUGGGCAAAUCCUCAUAUUGUAGAUUGGUUCGCUGACUAUGCAAGAGUUGCUUUUGAAAACUUUGGAGAUAGAGUAAAAUAUUGGAUAACAAUGAACGAACCCCGUGAAGUAUGCUACCAGGGCUAUGGAGACGUGACGAAAGCGCCAAGACUCAACAUGAAAGGAAUAGGUGAAUACAUGUGCGCUAAGAAUUUGCUCGUAGCUCAUGCCAAGGCUUAUGACAUUUAUGACAAGGAGUUCAGAGAAAAGUGGGGUGGAACAGUCGGCAUCACGCUAAGUGCAACUUGGCACGAGCCGGAGGGUGAUAUGGAUGCUGAUCUUGCUGAAACAAUAAAUCAAUUCGAAUGGGGACAGUACGCUCAUCCAAUAUUCUCUGAAACUGGUGACUUCCCUCCUAUCAUGAAAGAAAUGAUUGCCGCCAAAAGUGCAGAACAAGGUUUCUAUCGGUCAAGACUGCCAGAAUUUACUCCCGAGGAACUAGAACUCGUAAGAGGGUCGUCUGACUUUCUGGGCAUAAACCAUUAUUCAACUUUUUUGGUCAGAAAAAUUGAUGAACGUGAUUCAUUUGAGGUCCCUUCAUAUUGGGAUGAUAUGGAAAUAGUGAGGUAUCAACCUGAAGAAUGGGAAGGCGGUGCAUCGAGCUGGUUGAAGGUUGUACCCUCGGGAUUCUACAAACUUUUGCACCGGCUAAGGGAACUUUAUGACAAUCCGCCAAUUAUGAUAACUGAGAAUGGUUUCUCAACGCGCGGGGGCCUGGAGGAUGACAAUCGGGUGUCGUACUACAGAUUGUACUUGGAUGCCAUGUUAGACGCCAUGGACGAAGGCUGUGACGUCAUCGGCUAUGCAGCAUGGAGCCUUAUGGACAACUUUGAAUGGAUGCAAGGAUAUACUGAGCGUUUUGGCCUGUACGAAGUGGAUUAUUCAAGUCCGGAGCGCACGCGCACUCCGCGCAAAGCGGCCUUCGUGUAUAAGGAAAUAUUGCGCUCGCGCUCUCUCGACCCCAACUACGUACCUGACACCACCGUCAUGACCAUCGACGGAGUAAACAGUUGAAUCCCGUGGAUAUUUUGUAAUAUGAUUUGUGAAAUAAAAUUAUAGAACAGUAAGA